AUGUUCUUAUGUUCAUGGUCAACAUUGUGUAUCAAUGUUCCGGCGCCAGGAGAUUCCAGCUUCAAAAUUUUUCGGCGUAAGCUCUACCUGAGCGCGUUGGCUCUACUUGGACCCGAGUUCAUCUUUCAGAUUGCACUUUCUCAAUGGGAAUCAGCCUGUAAAUCAGUCAAGGAUUUUGAGGCUUCAGGAAUCAAGGGCUGGACAAUGACACAUGCUUUCUACGCUGAUAUGGGGGGUUAUGUGCUCAAACCGAGGGACUGGUGUCAGUUCCCAAUCAACGCAGGCCAACUGCAUUACUUGGUUACAAAAGGAUACAUCAGUCCCCCGAGUCUCGACGUGAGUAUCAUUAGGGACCGAAACAAGGUGGAUGGCAUGCUCCGGAUAAUCACUGUAUGGCAAACGUUGUGGUUUAUAAUUACUACUGCUGAACGCGCAGCACAAGACCUGGCCAUAACUACAUUCGAGCUUACGACGGCUGGCUUUAUCGUCUGCAGUUUUGCGACCACAAUCUGUUGGUACCACAAACCAGCGGAUAUCCAAGUGUCCGAGGUCAUCGAAACGGAUGUAACCAUAGAGCAAAUCUUGCUUGAGGCAGAAGGACAUCCCGGGAGGCCGUUUAGUCGCACGCCAUUGGAUUUUAUUACACGGAAGGAAUGGGCCUGGUCGCUAUACUGGUCUAACUGGACGAAUAUUCUUCGGAAGAUGCGGAUCGUGAUCUUUCUCUCCGGACGUCCUGUCAACCGCUUCCAGAACACUGUUGUGCCGGAACCCUCGAAGCUCGGCUACGCUAUGUUCCUUCUCCUCUCUGCGAUCUACUCCGCAAUCUUUAUUUGUGGGUGGAAUUACAGCUUCCCCACCCCGGCAGAACAAACCUUGUGGAGGGUCUCGACAGUAGCAGUGUUCUGCUGUGUUCCUCUUUUUUGGGCGGUCGGGUCAUUUGCUUUCUCAUUCUGGCCAUCCAUUGCAUCGUCACACAAGAGCUCAAGUACGAUGGAAUCUGGCGCGAUUAUGGUCCCAACUUCUGCUCAUUCAUCAUUCUGGUUGUCGGUUAAGAGUCGAGCGAGCCGAAUUGCAAACCGCAUCCGCAAUAACUCCCGUGAACGAGAUCCUGAGCUAACUGUGCCCCUGAAAGCUAUACUGCCGAUCUACGUACUGGGAGUGGUAUACUGCCAUGCUAGAGCGUAUAUCUUCCUCGAGGAUUUUAUUGAACUUCGAUCGCUACCAGCGAGCGCUUACGCUACAGUGGAUUGGACAAACAUCUUCCCUCAUUUCUAA